AGCUCUUCCAGGACUUGAGUCAGCUCCAGGAGACCUGGCUGACUGAAGCUCAGGUUCCAGACAGUGAUGAGCAAUUUGUGCCUGACUUUCAUUCAGAAAACUUAACCUUUCACAGUCCUGUGCAGAUUAAAAAGGAGCCGCAGAGCCCCUCAGAGCCCACACUGUCCUGCAGCCACAAACAGCCGUUCCAGCUCCACAGUGGCAAGCAGUGCCUUUACACCAGUGCCUAUGAUCAACAAGGACAAAUUGGGAUCAAGUCCCCUAGUCCAGGAACCCUGAUACAGUCACCACUCCAACAGUUCUCUAGGCAGGACGGGAACUUUCUGACCCCGGGACCACCCCAAUCCACAUCCAGCUGUGGAUACCUCAGUGAAAACAGCUCUGCGUAUCAGCCACCUGUGGAGAUGUGUCGUUCCUUCUCCUCCUCCCAGGGCAUAGCGGAGGAAGAUCCCAUUGCCUACCAGUGCCAGAUGUCCAAACCCUGCCCCCAGUACCCCCAUCAGGGCUUCAAACAGGAGUACCAUGACCCACAAUAUGAGCAAGCAAGCCAAGUGGGCAGCAACCACCAGUACCCAGCAGCUGUGCUGAUCAAGGAGGAGCAGGUGGACUAUGUGUAUGAUUCAGAUGUUCCUGACUGUCCUUCCAUGUACACAAAUGUUGAGAGUUAUCCAAGCCAUUCAAAUACAGAAGACACAUUAGGCUGCAGCUAUGACAAGCAGAUGAGGUCCUUUACUGAUGAUGUCUGUGUUGUUCCAGAAAAAUUUGAAGGAGACAUUAAACAAGAAGCUGGAGGGUACCGGGAAAGACCUCUAUACCAGAGACGGGGAUCUCUCCAGCUCUGGCAAUUUCUUGUGGCUCUAUUGGAUGAUCCAGCCAAUUCCCACUUCAUUGCCUGGACUGGUAGAGGGCUGGAGUUCAAACUCAUUGAGCCAGAAGAGGUGGCCAGGCUGUGGGGGAUCCAGAAGAACCGUCCAGCCAUGAACUAUGACAAGCUGAGCCGAUCCCUUCGCUACUAUUAUGAGAAAGGCAUAAUGCAGAAGGUGGCUGGGGAGCGCUACGUGUACAAGUUUGUGUGUGAGCCUGAGGCCUUGUUCUCUCUGGCCUUCCCUGACAAUCAGCGGCCAACGCUGAAGGCAGAAUUUGACCGGCAGAUCAGUGAGGAGGAUACAGUGCCUCUUUCUCACCUGGAUGAGAAUGCCACUUAUCUGCCAGACCUUGGGAGCUUCCCUUCACAGCUUUACAGCAAAGGCUACACAUACUAG